AUGACGUCACUGGUGGGCUGGCAGCUGGCACCCAAUGUCACUCGGUGGCAGGGCCCGGCGGCGGCCGGCGGCGGCCCGUCGUCCUCCAGGCCGUCCUCCCCGCCGUCCCCGGGCCGCUCCUCCUCGGGGGAGGAGGAGGAGGAGGAGGAGGACGGCCGGCCGACCGACUACCUCACGCCCGGCUGCUACGACCUCGACGGCGCCGGGCGGCCCGUCUGCGCCGGCGACCCCGCCGCGGCCGGCGGCGGGCCGGGCGCCGCCGCCGGCCUGUUCGGCGUGCCACUCUCGGUGAUGAUGGCUGAGGCGGCCAAAAAGAAGAAGAGGCAGCUAAACUCGGGCUGCCAGGGCGGACCAGCCGGCGGCCCCCGGUCGGCGGGGGCGGGGGCGGGGGCGGGGGCGGAGCCGGGUCGGAAGGACCGCUCCUGGCUGACGACCGCCGCCGCUCCGCCCGCCCCGGCGCAGGCACCGCGGGUACCACAGGUACCGGUACCGCGGGCCGGGCCACAGCCGGGCCUCGCUGAGACGCUGGACAGCCUGCGCAGACUGGCCGUCGGCGGCGACCAGCGGCCGGCCGCCGCGGGCCUCGGCAGCAGCCCUCGCAGCUCCGAGAGCACCCGCAGCUGCUCCGGCGGGUCGGAGCCGGCUGGCAGCAGUCCCCGCGGGCCAGACGGGGCCGGCAGCAGUCCCCGCGGGCCAGACGGGGCCGACAGCAGUCCCCGCGGGACAGACGGGGCCGACAGCAGUCCCCGCGGGACAGACGGGGCCGGCAGCAGUCCCCGCGGGCCAGGCGGGGCCGACAGCAGCCCCCGCGGGCCAGACGGGGCCGACAGCAGUCCCCGCGGGACAGACGGGGCCGACUCGGAGCUCAGCGGGACGCCGCGGGACGCGGACGGCCCGGCCGAGGACUGGAUGACCUCCUCAUUCGACGAGGACUGGUUCCUCAGCACCGAGCGGGAGGAGCGGGAGGAGGAGGAGGCGCGGAGGCGCGCGGAGGAGGAAGACCAGCGGAGGAGGCGCGGGGGAGGAGCGGAGGGAGAGGAGUCGCAGACUCGGCGAGAGGCGCGGCGACACGAGUCCGAGUCCGAGUCGGAGCUGAGUGGACAGACCAGCGCCCUCCGAGCCACACCGCAGAGCCAGUGA